CUCUCUCGCAAUCUGAUCGCAAAGGAAUCUCAAAAGUUUAUAGACUCUACAAAUUAAAAUGACUUUCUUGCACAGAUAAGACUGGUGGUUGAGCCAUCUCUCCUUUUUCAUUUUUUCUCUUUUGGCUUUUCUCAAAGUUUUCCAGGUAUUCAGAUAUUUUUUCUCAUUUGUGUUGCUUUAGCACAUUGUUGAAUUCAUCUGAAUUAUUGGUAAAUGGGAUCCGAAGGGCCUCCCACGGUAACAAUCCAUGUGACGGGUUUUAAGAAAUUCCAUGGAGUUUCAGAGAAUCCAACCGAGACGAUUGUUAGUAAUCUUAAAGAUUUUAUGAAGAAAAAGGGUUUUCCCAAAGGGCUGAUCCUUGGAAGUUGCAGCAUUCUUGAGACUGCAGGACAAGGUGCCCUUGUCCCUUUAUAUCAGACAUUGCAAUCUGCUGUGAGCACGAAGGAUUCUGAAUCAUCAAAUUCCGGGGGAGUUAUUUGGGUACACUUUGGGGUCAAUAGUGGUGCCACAAGGUUUGCUAUUGAGAAGCAAGCUGUCAAUGAGGCUACUUUUCGCUGUCCAGAUGAGAUGGGAUGGAAGCCUCAGAACGUCCCUAUUAUUCCCGCAGAUGGUGGAAUUUCACGAACACGAGAGACUACUCUUCCCGUUGAGGAGAUUACGAAGACCUUGGCAAAGAUGGGUUAUGAGGUGAUGACCUCUGAAGAUGCUGGUCGAUUUGUUUGCAACUAUGUAUAUUAUCAUUCGCUCCGCUUUGCAGAGCAAAAUGGGAUGAAAUCACUCUUUGUACAUGUGCCUCUCUUCUUGUCAAUAGACGAAGAGACCCAAAUGCGAUUUGCUGCUUCCUUGUUGGAGGUACUUGCCUCUUUACACUAGUAUUCUACUAUUGGCUUUGUUUGAUCUUAUGUCUGGAAGCAUAUUUGCCUGUAUUGAUAUUGCCCAUGUAUGUGGUGUGCGAUGGAGCAUGUUUGUUUGGUGCUUUUGAUAAUAAACAGUUAAAAUGUAUGUGAAGGGGGAAAUGCAAUUUAUUGUGGCACAUACAUCUCUUGUAUUUUCUGUGAUCUUCUUCAAAAGUUAUUGUCCGAAUGUUCAAACAAACUUUAAUGCUAAUUGCCAAUAAAAAUCGCUGCUCACCAACCUACCUCCAUUA